CGUUAGCUCUGUGUUCAGCGCUCUGUGUUCAGCUCUGCCCGAGCCGAUAUGGAGCACAACCACAGGAUUUCACACUCGCCCGUCUUAUUAUUUCUCCCUCUUAGUCCACAACUUAGUCAGCAGCUAGCGAACACGAGUCGAGUCUGGAAGCAGAGUCAGCCCUUAAGCUCCGGGCCCAAACAUUUCCAUAUAUAGUUAUAUAGCUCGGCUUCAGAAGAGACGGGACUCAGCAGUAGAAGCAGGAGCACCAGGAAAAGCUGCUGGAGAUGUAAACCUGAUCUCGCCCACCAACAAGUGCCCUUUGCCUUCGUCACAUGCCACAAACACCGUGACCAUGUCCGCUGCAGAGCAGAUCAUCGAGAUCGUGAUGGACGACAGGACGUACAACGUGAGUAAGAGCAAGCUGAUCGAGAAGAGCGACUACUUCCGCGCGCUGUACAGCUCCGGGAUGAGGGAGUCCGGGGAGGACUCGGUGCAGCUGCAGGGCCUGAGCGGGCCCGGCCUGGAGCUGGUCCUGGAGUUCAUCAACACCUCCAAAGUGCAGGUCGCCAACGAGACCCUGGAGGACCUGAUCGAGACAGCCUCCUUCCUCCAGGUGACGCCCAUCCUGAAGCUGCUCCUGUCCGAGAUCCGUCUGGAGAACUGUGUGGAACUCUUCAAGCUCUCCGAGGUCUACGGGACCCACGACCUGCGGACAGCCUGCCUGAAGUUCAUGUGCUGCCACUUUCACCCCAUGCUGCGCAGACCCGAGUUCCAGCUCCUGCCCGCCUCGCUGAGGGAGCAGGUCAGGCAAAUGCGCAUGAGGGGCACUGCCACGCUGGUGGCCAUAGGAGACUUCAUGGGCACCUGCCUGGACCUCGCCGACCAGGACGAGCCGUGGUCCAUGCUGAGGUACGGGGAGGUGGAGCAGCGCUGGAAGCCGCUCGCUAACAACCUGCCCCCAGACAUGGUCAACGUCCGAGGCUACGGGUCCGCGGUGCUGGACAACUACCUGUUCAUCGUCGGCGGCUACAGAAUGACGAGUCAGGAGAUCUCUGCCGCCCACUGCUACAAUCCCUGCAAAAACGAAUGGCAGCAUAUAGCACCCCUGAACCAAAAAAGGGCAAACUUUAAGCUGGUGGCUGUGAGUGGGAAGCUGUAUGCAGUGGGCGGACAUUGUUUAGGUACAGUGGAGUGCUACAGUCCUGAGCAGGAUUGGUGGAACUGUGUUUCCUCCAUGCCUGACCCUCUGGCUGAGUUCUCUGCCUGCGAAUGCCAAGGAAUGAUCUACGUCAUGGGAGGCUACACAGCCAGAGACAGGAACACCAACGUUCUGCGCUACUGCCCCACCUCAGACACGUGGUCAGUGUUCCGUACCUGCUCAGCACACGUACGCAAGCAGCAGAUGCUCUCAUUGGAGGACACUAUCUACCUGGUGGGUGGCUACACACACGAGCUGGAGUGCACAGCCAGGGGUCAGCGGCGGCCCAGCCAGACGGAGGAUAUGCUGACAGUGCAGUCCUACAACGUGCAGACGGGGGAGUGGCUGCAGCUGAAAGAAAACACAUCCAAGUCGGGCCUGAACCUCACCUGCACACUCCACAACGACGGGAUCUACAUAAUGAGCCGUGACGUGAGCCUGCCCACCAGCCUGGAGCACCGUGUCUUCCUCAAGUACAACAUAUUCUCUGAUGCCUGGGAGGCCUUCCGGCGCUUCCCUGUACUGGGUCAGAACAUGCUGCUGUGCUCCCUCUACCUACCCAACGUCCUGUGAGCCGGAAAGCACGACACGAAAGCUGGUCUUCUAAAGCAGCGGCCAAGGUUGCUAAGAUGAAUGGGGCUCAAAGACUGAUUGAAGGUUUCCCAAAAAUUGAGGUCAAUGACUGUUGUUUACACUAAUAACUAAGGAACUAUCCACCAUACCUCAGUGAGCAUCAUGUUAGGAGCAUGUUGCUGAGGUACACUUGCAUUAAGUAUAGGGCUUAUGCUGUGUGUAAAUAUACUUAAAACACUUUCUAUGGGAGCAAAUGCACUGUGCAAUACAUUUGUUCAACUUGCACAAAAACUACUAAUGGCAAUGCAUGUACUUACAAUCUGUAUUCCGAAUACAGACAUUACAAAUGUACUACUGACGCACAAGUCGAUUGGCAGCAAAAGGCUUUGGUUUUACAUGGCCAUAAUUAUGAUGGAACACUAAGAGUGUGAUAAGGAAGCAUAAAUAGUCUUAAUAACUACUGCUUAAGCUUUAUAAAAACCUUACCUUAUUAUAGGCCUUGAAUUUUCAGGCCUUUUGAGAAAAAAAAGUACAAAGAGCUUGACCAAAACAGCUGUGAUCUUGUUUUGAAUGGAUGAUGUUAUGAGGGCCUAAAAGUGGAAGAACCAACAAAAAAGGGGCAAAUAUACAGAAUAGGUGGCCCUCCUGAAUGCAGUUCUAUAUAUAUACUUUUGUUUUAUAAUUAUUUCAAGGUUUCUUAAUAUCUUGUUUUUUUUUUUUUUUAGUUUUUUCCAGCCUAAAGGGUGACAGUGUUAAAUAUUGCCACAGAUGCCUUGAAAAAGAAUUUAUUUUAUGUUCAAUAAAAUAUUCAGGGGAUGCAGA